AUGCCGUAUCCAGCUGUUACGAUAGUUCCUGAAUUUUGGUAUGCUCGUUGCGAUAGUGGGCAUAUUCUUUUUGUGUUGCUUUUUGAAUUCUUAUCUGAUCCCAAUUCUAUCGAUGAUCCGCAUGUCGAUUUGAUUGCCACUGUUGAUGGUCCACUCAAUCACAAGCCAGACGAGAAAUUUGCAGGAAAUGCACAGUUUCACUGGCAAAGUGAUGUUCUUGAUCCUCACACGUUUGUCGAUCUCUCUGUUUCAAACUCAGAACCAACUCUACUGAUGAGAUCCUGUGCAUACUAUCCCAAGUCUGGGUUUGGAGCAUUUGGCAUCUUCCCUAUUCUUUCAAAACAAAGAAAAUUUUCUGAAGAAUAUGGCUACAUGGGUUUGAGAUAUGGCUCUUCUAAUUUGUCAGUUGGAGCUACAUUCGUCCCAUUUCCUGCAUCGGCUGAUGAACUCCCGAAAAAUGCAUGGUUAGUAAGCAAGAUGGGAAGGUUAACUGCUGGAGUGCAAUACGAACCAAUAUUUGAAAGCAAAGAUGGAGCUAGAUACAAAAACUUAGCAAAUUGGAGCUGUGCAAUUGGUUAUGGGCUUGGAUCAGAGAGCCCAUUGAGCCCAUCAUUUAACUUUGGGCUUGAACUUGCUAAAAACUCCCAGUUCAUUGCUUCUUUCUACCAGCAUGAGGUUAAAAAUCCAUUGGAGCCAAAAGAAGUAGUUGGAAUCACAAACUACAUUGACUUUGGUUUUGAGUUGCAGACAAGGGUCGAUGAUGCCCAACAAGCGAACAAUAUUCACGAUUCUAGUUUCCAAAUUGGUGCAUCGUGGCAAGCUAAUAAGAACUUUUUAAUAAAGGGUAAGUUGGGACCUUUAAGCUCCUCAAUAGCCUUGGCUUUUAAGUCAUGGUGGAAACCUUCUUUCACAUUAAGCAUCUCAGCUAUCAGAGACCGUGCAAAAAGGGAGACAUCAUAUGGUCUCGGUAUCCAAGUCGAAAAUAUUCGGGAAGGAAUUUAUCAGAGGGCUGAUCCCAAUUACGUGAUGCUGACGCCAAGCAAGGAGCAUCUUGCUGAAGGCAUUCAGUGGAUAAUUGGGGAGAGACCAUUGUUUGAAUCAGAUGUUACUUCUGGCAAUUUCAGUGGGGUGCCCAAGGAAUUGAGACCCUUAAACAAAAUGUUGUGAGUCUCUCUCCCUCUUUGAAAUACACUAGAAUUUUUU